CGCCACAAACGUGCUGAAGCCGCUCAAGUGACAACAACACUGUGUGAAAGAUCCAAUAACAAUAACAAUAACAAUACCAACCAACAACAUCAACAGCAAGCAAUCAAAUAAAAUUACCGGUAGAUUGAAAGAAAGAACUGCACAAAGAAUCAAAAACAAAAAUGCAAUCGAUGGCAAAGCAAUCAAUGCGCGCCCUGCCGCAGAUGGGCAAACAAGUGAGCUACUUGUCCACAAGCAGCGCCUGGCGUGCAGCUGGCGGGGGCGGCAACGAGAGCGUUGUGGAGAUUAAGGAACCCAAGACACCUACCGAAAAGUUCAUGGCCUUCCAAAAGAAACUGCGCGCCAAGACGCCACUCGGCAAAUUGGACGAAUUCUCGCGUCAUCCGUAUCAGGAGAAGGAGCCACUGAAGCCAUGGCCAAAUGCAACAAAUCCCUAUACGGGCGAAAUUGGCGGACCCGCUGGACCGGAGCCAACGCGUUAUGGCGACUGGGAGCGCAAAGGACGCGUCUCUGAUUUCUAGUCCCCUUCUCAGUUGAAGUUCCUUAGUUUCAUAGUUAGGCCGUUAUAUCAAAUGUUAGAUUUAAGCUUAACAACCAAAACAAAACAAAUUGUAUACUCCAAGUUUAAUUAAUGUAUUUGUAUAUGUAUAAAAUAGGAAUAAAAAAUACUAUUUAAAGAACAA